AUUGUAGCGCACUUUUCAGUUUUCUGCGUUGCACGGUUCAUUGUAUUUUCAGUGUCACCCUCUGCACAUACUUUCAUCUUGAGAAGUAACAAAGGCUGGAGGGAUGAUAGAACCAUCGUCUUCAGGAUGGGAAGUUUUUAAAGAGCCCAAGGGUUUUAUUAAAAUCAUUGAAGUUCUUAUAGCAAUAUUUGCUUUCGCAACGACGUGUGACUUCUCGACCAAUGUCAAGCUAAAGUAUGACUGUCAGGGUAACGGAUCAUAUGUGCAUUGGAGUGCCAAAUUUACAUACCCCUUCAAGUAAUCCCUCAGGUUUUUCACUUCUUCUUAGUAUUGACUCCAUCGUGCUGCCUCGAUGCCCUGCUAUGGAGAGCAAACAUAUGUAUGGGAAUUUCGCCUCAGCAGCACAGUUUUAUGUAUUUGUUGGUGUCCUAACUAUGCUUUUCUGUGUUGCUAUGGGCAUCUAUUAUGUCUAUUUUCAUGAUCGUUAUUUUACUGACUCGCGAUUUAGUAAAUACGAAUUCAUAUUCUCGAUUGUGAUUGUUCUGUUAUGGUUUAUCGCCUCUUGUGCAUGGGCCGAUAAUGUAAACCAGUUCAAAACAUACACGUCAGUAAGCAGGAUAUGCAAUGAAGUGGGACCUAAUGUGCAUUGCGAAGCUGAGGAACAAGCAACUUAUGGGGGACUUAACGCUUCUCUGGUAAUGAUUAUCCACUUUUUGUUGGUUAUAUAUUUAACAGUUUAUACAACAAUGCAAAAGAAAUAUUCUUGUUUAUCAGUUUGGUAUUAAUAUUAGUACUCCCAGUUUAGUUGUUUCUCUUUGCUUACUAGUUAUCGUGCUGAAGUUAUCAAUCCUUACUACACUAGAUGUGGAUUUCGUUGAGCAGUUAGUGGAAUUCGCUGCAAUAGAUGAGUAAGGAAUCCUCUGUUCAUAUAUGAUCAGGAGAAAAUUUUAAAAGCUGAUCCGCUUAAUCUCAGUUCUUAUUGCCAAAUUGUAUGUUGAAACAAACUGGUUCUUAGGUGACUUUAUAUUUAACGUUAAAAAACUUUUUCAAAGAUGUUUUGAUCUUGUCUGAGUAUGUGCUUGAGGGUUUUCUGACUUCGUAAUUUAGUUCAACUUUAAAGUACCUUCAAUGAAGUCACGUGAAAAAAAACUUUACCGAAAGUGAGUUGUUUAAUGGUUGCAUAGAUUGAUUCCAUCAUUCUCUUUAGCACUUUUCAAUGUCGUAAUAAACUUUGAAAAUUUGGGAUUAGGGAAGACACUUAACCCUAGAUUAGUAUGUUGAUGAUUAAAUCUUAAGGUCCAGAGAACAUUAAUCAGUUGUUGUUGUUAUUCUGAAUUACAAAUCUUUUCUACUACUAAACUAAAAGCUUCAAACCCUUGUACCAUAAAAUGCUAAUUGGUAGUUCAGACGAUUGUUACUCAACAAAAUAUAUAUCCAAGUGUGCAGUUGUUCAAAUUGAGAAAUAAAUAUUCCAUCCAUCCAAACUAGUUUUUCCCAUCUGGAAAUUGUCAUUUGUAUAAUACAAAAUGUUAAAGAAGCCUUUUUGGAUGUUGGCUAUUUUCCCGUUAUGGAGAACAAUAUUAAAAAAGCUUUCAAAAUCGUGCGGUCCUGUUCCUUCUGCACUCCAAUUUUUCCCUUGAUAAAAUUUGAGUAAACCGGUAUUCUUCGUUAUCCCCUUGGACUAGACAGGUAUCUGAUGAACAGCUGUCCACCUGUACUCGCUGGACAUUGGGUACCUUGUGUAGACAACUGUUUAUAAGUACUUGUACUGUUUUGAUGAUGGUUGUAGUAGUCCAAUAAUGUGUAAAACAAAUAUCAAUGCGAAAAUGGCGUAAUGAUAAUAUACAAAUAAGACGGUAAAAAUAGCAAAGUUAUGUUGUGCAUUGAAUGACAAACAAUAACCAUUAUGUAAUGAAUGUUACUUAUAAGUUCCUUUUUGGGUAACUCACAAAUGGAGUUCACUUAAUUAUUGAAUAUCAUCCUACACGGUUCGUACCAACAGAGUGAAGACAAAUAUAAAUCCAAUAGCGUGAUCAGGAAGUAAUCCAGACCAACAGUCUCAUCUAAUGAAGAGUGGUCCAAAAUGUCAGUACAAUACUAUUAUACUCUUCAGUCAAAAGCCGUGGCCAAUGAAGCAGGGAAGAAAGCGAUGUAGUCAGUAUUUGUUUGAAUGACGAAAGUAAAAUGGGCAUCAAUUAAAACUGAACAAUCUUCACAACUCUAUAUUGAUAUCCGCAAUUGGUAAGAAUAAACAAUAUGCAUAUUACGUGCAUCCAUCCACCGACUAUCUCGACCGUCAAUGAUGACUGAUAUAGAAGUAGGUUGGAAGAAAUCUAUGGGCGGCCAAAGCAAGAUAUGGCAACAGUCCAUGAAGACACUGACUACUGGACUGGGCCAUGUAAAUAGGUGCGAACUCCCUGGUUGAGGUCCGUAAGAUUAUCAUAACCAGUAGUUAAAGACAGGUGACGUGACUCAAAAUUGGUUACAGUAGUACAGACGCACUUCCUCUUCUCUCAGAUUUUGUUUUAAAACUGUAUCAUACCUUGCCCGCAAAGUCCUUCCUUUUUCCCCGAAUCUCUUAGUUCUUUAAACUAUUGCCACUCUCACUACUCUUAGAUUUUCCUUGACUAUUUCAUCUCUCUGUGCUAAUAGUGUACAACAAUUAGAACCGUCGCACAAACGUUCCAGGUUAUUCUCUGCGUAUAAUUGACUGAGAUGGUAGUACCUAUAAUAUGCCGCGUAAUUACGGUUUCCAGAUGUGAAAUAAGGAAUACUCAAAUGCAAAAAUAUCGCUUGAGGCCAUCUUAAUGACUUCAAAUCCGGAACCAAAAUUGUUUCAAAGUAAUACAUGAUAAAUUAAUCCUUAACACUCACUUUAGGUGAACGGAAUGAUUCAUCUUUACGAAUAGGUUUUCAUUGGUGAGUUAUUUAUGGAUCUUGGUUUUUGGACUUCUAAAUAAGUCAUUAUAUAAGGCUUAAUGUCUCUGCUUUACACAAAUUUUAAUCUUUGUAUCUGAAUUAAACCAGCCAAUGAAGAUCUAAUUUGUAACUCUAAUAAUCCAGUAUGUUUUUGUUAAUUUAUAUAAAUUAGAUAUUUGGGUUUACUAAUGUUGCUCUAUGGGCAGCUGGUUUAUGGUUCAUAUGGAAAGAAACUCCAUGGUCUGGAAAUAAUUCUCUACUUGGACCAGAAAAUAUCGCUACUGCUGCCGAUGGGUCUCAAAUGUAGUGCGCACUCAAACAAGUCUCCAUAUACUGUUCUUUCAAGAAUUAGAUCAACUACACUAUUUUGUGUGAUGAUAAUGAGAUAAACUCACUUGUAAAUCACUCAUUUAUCAGUUGUUAUUUCCAUCCAUAUGUUGUUUUUCCAUUUAAAUCGAAGCUAACAAACGAAAUAGUGCAUUUUGUUUGUUUCAUUACGAUAAGAUUACUGUUUCCAUUCAUAAAUUGUUCAUGACUAUGUCGAUAAUUAUGUUACAGCACCAAUUUUUUUGAACUGAACAUUUUCUUAGGUCAAAUUUCCUUUUUUUAUCAUAUUAUUCUUUCUAAAUACAUUGUUCAGGUAACAUUGUCCCGCUUUUUUGUCAUAUCUUUAUUUUGCUAAAGGUGAUGAUAGUUUUGUUGUUGUAAUCGCUAAUCAAUCACAUCGUUUGUAUAUCAUAAUAAAUCAAACACAAUUCA